AUUAAAUCUAAACGUCAUUAUGAUAUUUCAUCAAAGGAACGUUUUGAAAUUUUAAAAAAAUUCUGCAAUUAUGGAUUAGAACAUUGGGGAUCUGACUCAAUUGGAGUUAACAAAACCCGAAGAUUCCUUUGUGAAUGGUUUGGUUUCUUACAUAGAUAUAUACCUGUGGGAUUACUAGAAGUAUUGCCACAACGUAUAAAUGAUCGUCCUCCAUUUUUCCGGGGAAGGGAUGAUUUAGAAACUUUGAUGGCAAGUCCUAAUAGUAAUGAUUGGAUAAAACUUAGGUAG